CUAGCUAAACGCUAUCAAUUACUUAUUCAGCAGUUUGUAUAAACUUGAAUGUUGAAAUCUGUAUAAAAAAUAGAUACUACUUCUAUUUUUCAUCAACCGAAAUCACAAAUCAAGGGACUGAUUACAGGUUGAGCGUUGUUUUUAAAUGUGAUUUUUGACUAUUUAACAACUCGCCGAGUUUCUUGAGGUCUGCGAUAGAAUUAUUUUAUUCUUUAUGUAUCCUAGACAUGGAGACUGAACAUUCGACAGAUAUAAAUCCUGUAGAGGAACCAGAUAGCAAGAGAAGUAUGAGUUCCACCGAAACAUAUUCCACAUUGCAUAGCGUCAAACAUGAACACGGGGAUAGUGGUAACCAGGUGAAAAUGGAGAAUCCGUUAGAAGUUGUAGUUAAAUCCGAAAUGCUGGAUGCAGAACCGUCUGUGGACAACAUAAAGUUAGAAAAUAUGGACUCUUUGAUGCUAAAUGAAGAGAUUGACAUCAAAUAUGAAUAUGAGGAUUCCACAUGGGAUAGAAUUAAAGUUGAAGAGAAAUUCGAGCCUGGGUUUGAAGCUGACUCGGCAGCAGAUACAGUUGACCAGAUGAAAAUGGAGUUCCAAGAAUCUGAAAAUCUGGAAGAAAAACCAGAUUUAAGCAGCACAAAUUUUGAAAAUCUGAACGCGUCGGCGCUACACGACGAAUUUGACAUCAAAACCGAGAGUGACGAAGGUGACGGGCAGGAUUCGGCGUUCGAUAGAAUUAAAAUUGAGGAGAAAUUCGAGCCUGGGUUUGAAGCUGACUGGGCAGCAGAUACGGUUGACCGGAUGAAAAUGGAGUUCCAAGAAUCUGAAAAGCUGGAAGGAAAAUUUGAAAAUAUGGUGCCGUUAGGGCUACACGACGAAUUUGACGUUAAAACUGAGAGUGACCAAGGUGACGGACAUAAUUUGGCGUCCUAUAGCGCACAAAUAAAGAAAAAGCUGGAAAACGAAAUAGGAAAUCCACCGAUCGAAGGAAAAAAUUCGUUCAACUGUUAUAUUUGUAACGAUACGAGCCAUUGUAAAAGCGGUUUGAUCGUUCACGUAUCCAAAAACCAUCCUAAAUUUCCGUCAUCUGUAUUUAGUAAGAUACUUCAAUGUGCAAACUGUGGAUAUAAAACUGCACAUAAGGGGCAUUUAGCUAGGCAUAUGAUAAAACAUACUCGAGCUAAGCACACGUGUACAAUGUGUGAUGCGUCAUUUACGAGGAAAAUAUUAUUAGACAUCCAUACUUUACAGACACAUCCUCAGCUUACUGCUACUGCGUCUAGUAAGUUGCAUAAAUGCACACAUUGUGAAUAUAAAACUACAUACGCGAGUGCUCUAGUUGAGCAUAUCAUGAAACAUAAAGCUGAUUCCACGUGUAUGAUAUGUGAUGCGUUAUUUUCGAACAAAGUCUCAUUAGACAACCAUAUUUUACAGAAACAUCCUGAGCGCACCGCUUCUGUAUCUAGUAAGAUACAUGAAUGUACACAUUGUGAAUAUCAAACUACAUAUGUGGGAUCUCUAGCUAAUCAUAUCAUGAAACAUACAGCUAAUUUCACUUGUAUGCUGUGCGAUGCGUUAUUUUCGAACAAAACCUCAUUAGACAACCAUAUUUUACAGAAACAUCCUGAGCUCUCCGCUUCUGUAUCUAGUAAGGUACAUGAAUGUACGCAUUGUGCAUAUAAAACUACGCACGCGAAUUAUCUAGUCAAGCAUAUUACGAAACAUACAAAUGAUUUAACGUGUACGAUGUGUGAUGAGUUAUUUACGAAAAAAACCUCAUUAGGCAGCCAUAUUUUACAGAAACAUCCUGAGAGCACUGCUUCCAUAUCUAGUAAGAUACAUAAAUGUACACAUUGCGAAUAUAAAACUACAUAUAAGGGGCAUUUAGUUAAGCAUAUGAAGAAACAUACUGGAGCUAAGUUCACAUGUACAAAGUGAGAUGCGUCAUUGGCAAGAAAAGAAUACUUUCUACGAAUGCUGUAAUGUGACACUUGAUUGUGAAUCGAAAUUUUUUGAUGAUCACGUAAUAAAAAAUCAUUCGAAGAACUGCAAAAAAAACAUCACGUAAAAUACUGAUAAUAUAUGUAAUAAUAAUAAUAAUAAUGGUUUAUGGGUGUUACUACACAGAAAGUGCUUGUACAAGUCAGUAUAAUAGAAGCUUAGUAGCAGGAAGAAAAUAAAUGACAAACAAUCCAUAUAAUAAACAAACACAUACGAGUAUAUGGUUAAAAGGGUAACAAUAAAAAGUAUAAAAGAUAAAAUUAUAACAAUCCGUGAAGAAGUUGUGGUUGACGAACUCGUCAAAGCUAUCGACAAGAGCAAAUUUUUCAUAUCUGUAUUCAUUGUAUGCUAGAAAUCUCAGUUCCUUAGGUAAAGUGUUAUAAAAUUAUGCCCUGGUAGUAAACUGCGUUUCUCGUUUUAGCAAGUCUAUGUCUAUAAUGGUGACACAUUCAUCAGAAUCAAUAUAUUAUGUACAGGGUGACUUUGAAGUUGAGUCAUUAAUUUUCAGAUAAUGAUUGUAAAAGGAAGAUCAACCAAAAUAUGUGUGUAAAAAUUAAAAAAAAAUUAAAAAAAAUGUUUACCUUGUUUUAUAAAGUAUCCUCCGGUCAAGUAUUUCAGUGUGGACCUGUAUUUGAUCGUGAGGUCUUGGAGCACCGGCAUGCCCUCCCCUGUGAGGUCUUAACUCCCCUGAUUCACGAGCCUGUUGUACUACAUUAACAAAGGCACGAGGGGUUGGUUGCACUCGAUUGGGAAACCGAUCCGCAUAAACAUGUGCCAUUUUUUAUUUCGUUUGAGCCACGCAGCAAACACCACUAUUCACUCACGCAUUACCGACUGACACAUUGACUGAAUAAAAACAUCGUGAUCAGCGUUUCAAAUUCUUUCGCUUUUUUGUUUCCGAUGCGAUGAACCGAUAAGGCGGAUUAUAUACGUUGUUGCGAAACACGAGCACAUAUUAUUAUUGAGACAGGGCGGUACUCAAACUUCCAAAGGGCUGUAACUUUGUUACUUUAAUUUUACCACAAAAAUGUUAAAGGAAAAAAACAUUUCUUUUGAUCAGAUCUACUCACUGUUAAAAUAAAUGACUCAACUUCGAAGUCACCCUGUAUGUAUUGCGAUUGAAAUAACAAAGCUAAUGUGCGGUGAAACAGCAGUGAAAACGUAAAAAAGAAAUUGAAGAAAAAUACUCGAUAUUCAUUUGCUAAGGAUUUUCAAGUACUGCCCGAACACAUGUUUUGUUUGUAACAUAAAGUUGUCGCUGUUCGAUUAUCAUUAGUCUAAUUGAACUGAGGGAAAGAAAGCCUCUAGUUUAUAUGUAAUUGACUUGUAUAUUUCCUAAUAUUAGCACAUGUUUUUCCUUACAUCUUCG